AAAUGUCUAAUGCGUUUUCAUUAUGGCUUAUACUAUAUAAAUGUUAACAUGGCAAACUAUUUGCUUAUUACAAGGCUGUAUAUAGUGUCCGACGUAUCAAAAAUCACAUAGGUGGUAACAGGUGGAAUGGAAGCAAACUUAAGUUUCGUGUACAAAGACUCAGACUCAUCUCUGAAUUAUUCCGAUGAUGAUUAUAUCUCAGAAUCAGACAUAUACCCACCAUCCCUUACCAAUGAGCAUUCUCUAAUUCGAAUCAUCUGCUUCUUAUCAAUAGCGAUCAUUUCAACUUCAGCUAAUGGAUUGGUCCUCCUUGUUUACGCUCUAAACCGUAAGUUACGUACCUACGAAAAUGCCUAUAUUAUAAAUCUCGCUAUCAGUGACUUGUUGGUGAGUCUCCUAGUGAUGCCUAUUAACAUUAUUUUUUUUAGACACUCGUGGAACCAAAGCUACGAACUUUGUAAGAUUAAAGUUGGUUUGGAACAUUCGCUGCUACAGGUGUCGGUAUUUACGGUGGUGGCAAUGGCUAACGACCGUCAUAAGGCCAUCACAAAUCCUAUCCAAUAUAGAGUACAUAGGGAGAUAAUGCGUGUCGCCAAAAUAUGUAUUUCAACUUGGAUUUUGGCGUUUGUUAUUUGGAUUCCACUUCAGACAGUCUGGGGACUUCUGGAUCACGAAAGUCGUUUUAUAAAAUCGUACUGUUACGGGCUUCAAUAUGUGAAUGUGUACAACAACACCAUAAAUGUUCUUCUGUACUUCUGGAUGCCAAUGAUCUUAAUAAGCGUCUCCACGUACCGCGUGUAUAAGGCAAUUAAGAGUAGGCCAGGGCGACAAAAACUAAUGUGUUCUCCCAGUAUUACCACGAAGAAGAUGAAAGUAAUUUCUGACACAGAGAUGAAGAUUAUCAGUAGGUCUAGUUCUACGUUGGAAAUUGAAAUCGAAGAUGAUACUCAACAGAAACACUGCGAUAUGAAGACGCGGGAAGGCAAUGUCAAUCCAACCUUUAUAGAUGAGAUUGAAGUAGACGUAGAUAUAGAUAGUCGAGUGUCCAGCGUGGUUACAGUGUCCGAGAGGCUUGCUAAACGACGUGAAGCAGGACUAAGUUCAUCGAAAAUUUCGGAGAGACGCGGCAUACGAGUUCUGAAAUGUAUUGUCAUUGUGUACUUCAUCACAUGGUUUCCAUACGGGGCUCGUCUGACUCUGUUCACCGUUCUUUUCCACACCGGACACGACGAACUUAAUUACAGCAUUCCUGUAACGUACCUGAAAUGGAUGGCUUUCUGUAACAGCUUACUCAACCCAAUCACAUACUUCAUCUCUAACAAAUCACUAAGAACUGCCGCAAAGGAAAUCUUUACUCCGAGAUAUUUUAAAAAGUUAGAUCGUGCCUAAAGUUUAGUCCACACUAAAAUGUGUGGUUUUCCCCCAGUUUUUAAAUAUAAACAAAAUCUGUAUUAUCUGUAUCUCAUUAAAAUAUGGUUUUUUAUGUUUUAGAAAAAUCAGUUGUACAACAUAUAUAUUUUUUAAAAUCCUCCGCAGCUCCACUAAGUGCGAGCGUGUCUCAGUUGUACGAGGUUAGAUCUGCGCGUAUACCAUUUGGGUUUCUGUGGACUAAAGGUAUGAUACUCGCCUUGACAGCUCCUCCUUAACCAUCGAAGUGUGACGAAUGUCUCAGUUGUAUGAGAGACUGUCUGAUGGUUAGAUCUACCAGUAUACAUUUUAUAGAGUCUGUAAACUAAUUUUAUGAUACUUGCCUCGACAACAAGAGGUUGCAGGUUGGAAUCCCGCCAGAGACACAUUUUUU